CACAUUCAUGUCAUGAUUAUAAAGGUUUCAUGACAGUCUUAUGAACACCCCUUCAUGUAAAGUGUUACCCCACAGACUGCCAAGAAUGACGUAUGACCGGAACGAAUGAGUUACUACUCAUAUCAGUACUUGCACUACUAACCAUGAGCUCGUUCAGAGCAGCUUCCUGAUGUCAAACUAUGUCAGCAUGAAGAUCCUCCUCAACAAACACAUGUGCUUUAUAGUUCAGCUCUGCGCUUCAGCUGAUGCCAAAACACCAUCCACUCUGCCACCAGUAAUACUUUCUUUAAAAUGACCCAGUCCAGUCGCUCCGUCCUCCUGCUGAUGCUGUCUUCUCUGCACUGCCUGGGAAGUUCUCUUGAGUCAAACCCUAAAGACCCUUCAGUUUUGGCGGAAGCCCCUGGCCAGAACAAAAGAGAUUCUGACAUUUCUCUUGUGCCUCAAAUGCCCGUCCUUCAGCCCAAAGAAACAGCACCGCCUCUGGUCACCUACACCAUAAGAAACCCUCAAGGCAAAGUGUGUGUGAGGGCCAGUUUUGGAGUGGAGUUCGUGGUGAGAGAGAACAAAAAGAAGUAUUAUUUCAACUUGACUCCUAACUCAGCACGGGCCACAGGAUACUGUGCGAACCAAAAGACCGUCCUCUCACUGGAGUUUUCUGGUGGAAAUCUGGAGUUUACUUUCAUCAAGGAUGGGGAUCAGUCCUAUGUGAAGACUGUCAAAGGUUCUCUGAGAGCUGCUCCUCCUUGUAAAAACUGCCCAAGUAAAAUCUAUGUAGGACUGGUGGAUAACGAAAAGUUGUUCAAAGCAAAAAAUGGCCUGAGCUUCAACUGCAAGUCUGAGACGAUGUUGAUACUGGCAGACUACUUCAGACUUAAACUGGUGCCACUGCAGAUUCAAGCCUUCGAUCUGGUCAAUGGGGCAUUUGGAAAAGAGGUUGAAUGCUGGGCGGAUUACAACAAGCGGAUGAUCCCGAUAAUCCUAGGGGCCGUAGCUGCGGCCAUUUGCCUCAUAGCCAUUCUGACCUAUGUGCUCGUCAGAGAACAUCGAAACCAAGGGUAUGAACAACUCUAAGACUCUAGAUGCGGAUCUUGAGGACGAAUCACUAGAUCUUGAGUUUUGGAUUUUGUGAUAUUGCUUCACAGUUACUCUCAUUAAACAAUUAAAAUACGAUUGAUGAUUGAAA